CCGGCGCCCCCAAAAAAAUAUUUUCUCAUCUUCAACAUCGGGGAGCAAACUCCUUUUUCCCCAAUCAAUCGGACAAAUACGACGAGGAAACUUGACGUUGUUCCUGGGGAAAAACACAAAAUACAAGCCAUCAGCCACUCAGAUAAAUUGUUUUCUGCAACUAUGCGCUCUUUUCUCAUUAGUUCCCCGCAUAUCCUUCCCGUCCGCGUCGCGGCCAACAACAAGUUCGCAAAUCGUCACAGCUGCAAGGGUACGGUACAGGUUCAGAGCCCGGGAUGUUCACGAGCGUCAAGUUGCGCGCUCCGCUUUGCUAGGCGACGUAUAUUGACGCAGGGAGAGACAGAAUUGUAA